AUGGAUUCGGACAAAAUGUCGGCUGUGGACGGUAUCAAACUUGAACUUCAAAAACUGAAAGAGAGCUUGAAUCAAGCGGAAAGUGAAAAUCUCAGACUGAAGGAAUUACUUAAAGAGAUGGCUCUGGCUAAGCAAACUCUCGCAAAUGAGUUGUGGGGAGCUCAAUCAGAGAAUGCAAAACUAACGAAAAAGCUUAGCAAGCAAAAACAUAUAUUUACAGUUCACGCUAAAACGCAAUCCAUCGAGAUGAAUCGAAUAGGAAAAACGCUCGAAGGAUUACAGAACUCGUUACGAACGUCCAACCGGCAGAUGGCUCGUCACAUGCAACGCUGCUCCAACGUCCGGUCCCGGCUGGGGACGAUUUUCCUGCGGAUGUGGUCGACCAAGCAGUGGCACCUGGGCGCCCGGAACCGGUACCAGCGGAUGUGCCUUCAGUUUGCCGAGUACGUGCGGGAACAGAACCGCUACCUGCAGGCCACGGUCGACGCCAAGCUCAGCGUCGAGAGCAUCGCCAGCUGCCACCGGCAGUAUCUGAACCUGUUGACACGAUGCUCGCAGCUACUGCACGAAAACAUGGGUCUGCGGUUGCUGGCGGUUCGGGCACGGGACGAGUCGUCCGCUGGAGUCCGGUCGAGGCUAUCCUUGCAACAGGUGGUUUGGAAUUUGUGUUAA